AGGUGAACUUUUUUAUAGUAUAUUUACCUUCAGAUUUUGCUUUCAACUGUCCAAGCCUAGCAAGUAGCAACGCUGCAAAAGAAUUAUUUUACCAAGUUUUAUAUUACUUAAUUAUUUUAGAAAUUUCUAGCAUUUUUAGUAGUAAAAAUGGCAGCUUCUCUGAAACAAAUGAAGGAAAUUAGGGUUAAAGUCUGUGUCAUUGGCUGUGGUAUCAGUGGUGCUGCUGCAGCUGGAGAGCUUGUAGCUGCGGGCAUGAAAGAUGUCAUUGUACUGGAGGCAGCAGGGCGUUAUGGUGGCAGAGUUCACACUAUAAAACAUGGAGACUCACACUUGGAGAUGGGAGCUAACUGGUUACAUGGAGAGAAAGGCAACUGCGUGUACGAGUGGGCCAAGAAAAACUGCCCGCAACGGCUCCUACAGGAAUCUGAGCCCGUCAUGCUCAGUAAAGACAAGUACAUGUGCGUGGACCCCCACGGUGCGGUGUUACCCACGGACUUGGCUGCCAGCAUCGAAGACGCCAUCGACGAGCUCGAGAAUGAAGAUCUGUCGGACUGUGAAGGAUCACUUGGGGAAUACUUUGAAGAACAGUUCAGCGCUGUGAACAAGUGGGGCUCCGUUGGGUGGCAGAUGCUCGACUGGUAUGGUCGCCUGCAGUGCAACAUAGAUGGGUCAGCCAGCUGGCAUCAAGUAUCAGCAGCUACCAGGAGCGAGUACUGGGAGCUUCCUGGUAACCCAGGAGGUAACUGGGCAAGUCAUGGUUACCAGACCAUCAUGGAGCAUCUAGUGGACCGUGUUGGCAGGGAGCGUAUCCUACUGAACAGUCCCGCGCUGAAGGUGGCGUGGGGGGAGGCUGCCCUCGUCGACCAGCUGGCAACACGUCUGUCGUCCCUCUCUGCUCAUACACCCGUUGGCCAACCUGAAACUUCCGAAGACGCCUCAGCGCUGAGCACUGCAGCGCAGAGCAGACCCCCACCGUGCAGGAUAGCCCUGGCAGACCAGGUGGUGGUCGCAGACCAUGUCAUCUACUCAGCAUCUCUGGGCGUGCUGAAGGCCACGGCGCAGCAUUUCUUCUCGCCUCAGCUGCCACCCAGGAAAAUGCUUGCUAUUGAGAGUCUCGGCUUCGACGCGGUGGCCAAAGUUUUCGUGCAGUUCGAGCAGCCGUGGUGGCCCGCAGACUGCGCGGGCUUCAACUUCCUCAACGACCUCUCCGUCCCCCCUCGGGACCCCGUGCAGGUACUGCCCCCUCGGGACCCCGUGCAGGUACUGCCCCCCUCGGGACCCUGUGCAGGUACUGCCCCCUCGGGACCCCGUGCAGGUACUGCCCCCUGGGGCGCCAGGUGCGUCCCCAAGCCCGUCUGGGGCACCAGGGGCGUCCCCAAGCCCGUCUGGGGCACCAGGAGCACGUGGAGCAGUAACCCCUCCAUCAGGGGCGCGUACAGCUUCAGGACGAUGCAGGCCGACGACUGCGACGUGUGGGCGGCCGACCUCGCCCAGCCCGUCGUCCUGCGGGGCGUCCCGGUGCUGCAGUUCUGUGGGGAGGCCACCCACCGCCACCUGUACAGCACCGUCCCCGGAGCGUGGGAGGCCGGCGUCAGGGAGGCUCGUCGUCUCCUCGCCUUCCUUCGUCAUGGUGUGCUCCCUCGUCACCGACACGUCGCCUCACUUCCCGACUCUGUUGAGGCGCAGCCUCGCUGGCUCAUGCCUCGUGACGAUGCUGACAGUCCGUUGACUGACGAAGCAGAAGCUGUUUCUGAGGUUGCUGACCCAGAGUCUGAUGGUCAUUCAUCAGCAGCUGAUAAGACGUCGUCAGCCGCUGGGUUACUCGGGCUCAAGUAUUUGCAAGCCACGGCUCUGUUCUCUCUCUCUGACGCUAGUCACAUGAGCGUAGACCAAGACGCCCUCACUCUGAUAUUUAGCUCUAUAUCAUUAAUAAUCACUUUUUUUUGUUUCAUCUGGUGUGCUGUUAGUUCCCACAGAUACGCUAUCAUUAUGCCUGAAGAUGAAGCUAGUGCUAGCUUUGAUGCUAGUGUAACUAGUGAUGUUAGUGUUACUGCUGGUGCCGGCCGUGGUGCUGAUGCUAGUGCUGCUCCCAGUGCUAGUGAGACUAGUGAUGCAGCUGGUGAAAAGUUCGCUGUGCGAGAUGACAUGCUGCUGCAUACUGACGUUGCUGUGGUGGGCUGCAGCAUGCAGUGCGUCAGUGCUGCACUGCAGCAGGAGGCUAGUGCUGCAGUGCUGCUGCUGUGCCCUGCAGCACACGCUGCACGGCUCUUACGUUCAGCAGAUCCCCGUCUCGUGGGUGAGGCCGUGCAGAGUUUCCAGGCUCUGAGUGCUCUGCACGCUCUCCGUCCCUCUCCCUUCUCCUCGCCUGAGGUCUUCUACAGGUGCGUAAGUGACGUCACUGAUGACGUCGACGUGCGUAACGCCCUCUGGGGGCUGUGCCUGGGGGUCGUCGCUGUCACCCAGGGGCGCCAGCUCCCCCUCAAGGGGAAAUUCAUUCCUCCCCACGCCUGGAAAUUCCCCUCAAGUCCCCAGGAGGCCAACAGCAGCGAUGAGCUCCGUUCUACCCUUGCCCUCCUCUACCUCUACUUCUCGGUCCUUGAUAAACUUACGGCAAAACUCGGCAACGGUUUGAUCGUCCGCGACGCGCCGGUGAGCGCCAUAAGCCUGCACCACCGCAACGUGCACCGUAACGCACCAGUGCACUGCAUCACCCUGCACCGCAAUGGCGUCACGCAGAAGCUCUACGCGCGCCAGCUGCUGCUGGACCAGCUGGCCCUGAUGUGCGUGCCAGCUGCUGCCGUGCUGGAUGCAAGCGUGACUGUGCUGGAUGGAAACAACACUCCAACUUCAUGUGUACUGCGACCCCUGCCCCCCCGGCCCACCAGUACCCGCAGUGUGGCGGUGGUCGGCGCUGGAGCGGCCGCCCUUGGCGCGACCAUCGCUCUUAACGCCGCCGGUGUCAACGAUAUCCUUAUCAUAGAAGGCAGCGGGCGCGUGGGAGGGCGCGUGCACUCCAUAUACCCGGACCUACGGCCCGACGCUCCCGUGGAGCUCGGGGCGCAGUGGAUACACGGACAGCGCGGCAACCUGCUACACGACCUCCUCGUGGCACACCCCCAGCAGCACGUGUCCCGCGUCUACAGCAAGGACGGGCUCGGCCAUUUUUUCACGAGCGAUGGUGAAGAGCUCGACCCUGAGAUAGUCAACAAGGUCUGGAACUAUUUCGACUCGCGGGAAGAAGUCCUACAAUCCUUGGGUGUGAACAAACGUCCCGGGGACCCCGAGGAUGUGUCGACGGUGUUUGGAUUCGAGCAGCACUUCCAGCAGGAGUUCCUUGGCGACGUGAAGGAUCCGCAGCAGAGGAGGCUGUACGAGGCCAUGUACCACUGGUGCAUCAAAUGGUACCUGGCUGACAACGCUUGCGACAACCUAAGCCAAGUGUCGUCACGGCACUGGGGCCGCUACGAGUUCUGCCCUGGCGAGUACAACAUCAACCCUCGCUAUGGCAUGACCGCGGCCCUGGGGGCGCUCUACACCCGCGCUACUGCCGAGGUCUGGCUCCAGACGCGCGUGCUCAGAUUGACCUACGCAUCGUCGGUGGUGCCGAGGCGAGGUCGAUUGGUCUCUGCUGACGACGCCCCUGCUGUCACUGUCACUUGCUCGGACGGCAGCGUCGUGGGAGCGGACACCGUCCUAGUGACGCCUUCCAUCGGCGUCCUGCAGAACAGCCCCAACCUCUUCCAGCCUCCCCUCCCCCAGCCCCUGCAUCAGGCCAUCCACAGCAUGGGGUUCGGCACACUCAACAAGAUAAUACUGGAGUACCGCGAGCCUUGGUGGCAGAUGUACAACGGCGAGAGCAUCCAGCUCGUGUGGCUACCGACCGGUUCUCGAAGACCGCGAUCCGACAGGUGGGAGGAGCACGUGACGGGGUUCGACAUGACGCACGGGGCAGCGCCGCGCCUGACGGGGUGGGUGAGCGGGGCGGGGGCCGUGGCCAUGGAGCGCUCCUCGGAGGCCGACGUCGCUGAGCGGUGCACCCGCAUCCUGAGGACAUUCCUACGACGUCCUGACAUACCGCCUCCCACCCGAGUCUACAGGUCGCAGUGGAGCAGUAACCCCCUGGUGCGCGGCUCCUACGCUCAUCCCUCCGUGGAGUUCGAGCGCCGGGGCUGCAGCACGGAGCAUCUCAACGCCCCUGUCACCGCUCAGCUCCCCGAUGGCGGCCAUGUGGCAGUGCUGGCGGUGGCAGGAGAAGCCAACAGUGAGCGUCACUUCUCUACCGUGCACGGGGCGCUAGAGAGCGGCUAUCAUCAGGCACGACACCUUCUGUAUGGCCGCGCCCUAGCUGACAUGUCAACGAAGUUCAGCAAACUGUAACCGCUUCCUCGUAAAAUAUACGGCACCACGACGCACUCCCCUGAUCCCCCAGCGACGCACUACACUUUCCAACCCCACGACGCAAUCCCCUUUUCAACCCCACGACGCACUCCCCUGGC